AUGGUGGAAUGGGCCGUAAUUAUUUUCGAUAAAAAGGGCAGCGACAGAUCCCAAUUCAGACCUGAACAUCUAGAGGGUGUCUCUGCCAAUUACGCAAAGGGUGUGCUGAAAUGCGCUGGUGCAAUUUACCAUAAAGCUGGUGAGGACGGCAAACUAAGCGAGUUCGCAGGGUCCCAUUUGCAGAUUGAAGCACCUACCAAAGAAGACGCUUUGCAAGUGAUUUACAACGACCCUUUUGCGAAAAAAGACAUUUGGGACCUGGAAAAUAUAAUCAUUUACCCAUUCGGCUGUGCUGUGCGUGCUGCCAAGUAA